CCGGUCUGGAAAGUGUGUGCAUGUAUCAUUACGCCCUUUUUCGGCUCCGUCGUCGCCAUAUGCGCAGGCGAUAGGUAGUCUCCGUGACAUAAUCGCGUUUAAAAAUGGCGUACACCUUAGCGCGACCUUUGGUCAACGUUUACAAUGAGAAGAACGAGCUGUCCGGCGCCACCGUGGCGCUGCCGGCCGUCUUCAAGGCGCCCAUCAGGCCCGACAUCGUAAACUUCGUUCACAUGAACAUGGCGAAGAACAGCCGCCAGCCGUACGCCGUGUCGAAGGAAGCUGGGCACCAGACUUCCGCCGAGUCCUGGGGCACGGGCCGUGCUGUGGCGCGUAUUCCCCGCGUGCGCGGCGGAGGUACCCACCGCUCAGGCCAGGGUGCCUUUGGCAACAUGUGCCGUGGUGGCCGCAUGUUUGCACCGACCAAGACGUACCGCCGCUGGCACCGUCACAUCAACGUGGCACAGAAGCGCUACGCCAUCUGCUCGGCAGUGGCCGCCUCUGGAGUGCCAGGGCUGGUGCUCUCCAAGGGUCACAAGAUUGAGCAGAUCCCCGAGGUGCCGCUGGUGGUGAGCGACAAGGUGCAGGACCUCACCAAGACCAAGGAGGCUGUGCUGUUCCUCAAGAAAGUCAAGGCGUGGACCGACGUGGAGAAGGUGUACAAGUCUCGUCGUCUGCGUGCUGGCAAGGGAAAGAUGAGGAACCGCCGGCGCAUUCAGAGGCUUGGUCCACUUGUCAUCUAUGAAGCUGACCACGGCUUGACCCGCGCAUUUAGGAACAUUCCUGGUGUAGACACUCUACGCGUUGACCAGCUGAACCUGUUGAAGAUGGCGCCUGGUGGUCAUGUGGGUCGUUUCGUCAUUUGGACCGAGAGUGCUUUCCGGCGACUUGACAAGAUCUACGGCACAUGGAAGAAGCCCUCAUCCGAGAAGAAGAACUUCAAUCUGCCCAAGCCCCAGAUGACGAACUCAGAUAUUAACCGCAUACUCAAGAGUGAGGAAAUCCGUCACCUUCUUAGGGCACCGCAGAAACGCGUCGUCCGUCGCACCCAGAAGAAGAACCCGCUGAAGAACACCAAUGCAAUGUUGAGGCUCAAUCCAUAUGCGGCAGUGACUCGACGGGCUGCAAUCCUCUUGAACCAGAAGCGCAAGAUGAAGAGGCAGUUGCUGAUUGCUGAAAAGAAGGGAGUGAAGCUGGAUGAGAGCAAGCUGAAGCCGUGGCAGCUUGCACUGAAACAAUCUUUCGAGACUCGCCGGGCAGCUGCGAUCAAAAAGAGGGGUGGCAAGGUCAAGGACCCCGCUGCCUCGAAGAAGCCCACAAAGAAGGCUGGCGCCAAAGGCAAGGCCAAGAGCACAGCCAAGACAGCAGCGGCCAAGAAGUGAACCGAACUGUUUCACAUAAAAUAAAGAGAAUCCCUGCGCA